AUGGGCUGGGACUACGACUCGUCUUCAAGCUCCUCCUGCUCUGGAAGCAGCACCGACAUGGCGUACGGGGAUUCGAGUGUACACAGUGACAACGAGCAGAUGGAGGACAUUGACGAGGAGGAAGAUUUGGAUUGGUACUAUGCUGUGGUGAUCGGUCGAUGCAGAGGAAUCUUCACGAGUGUAAAGGACGCUCUCAAACACACGCGGGGGUACUCGAACUCGAGAUUCAAGAAAUUCCCUAGUUUUGAGGAAGCCCGUGAGUUCCUAAACCAAUACGGGCUGCAAGUUGACCACGAAUACGAGCAUUUUGACGGCUCAAGGCUUUGGUUCGGCUACGCAAUGAACGGAGGCCGCGGGGACUUCCCAGAUCCUCUGCAUCCGAACUCUAUUGUGGCAUUUUGUGGAGGUAGCGCACUGCGCAAUGGAGAAGAGGACUGUAACGCAGCAUAUGCCUGUGUUUUUCCGCAUAAGCGAACUUGGGACGUGGUAGAAUCGGUUGAGGGGCCGUGGGCGACUAAUAAUCGAGCUGAGUAUAUGGCAGCGUUAGCUGCUAUGGAACGAGCCAAUAUUGAGGACAGGGACAAGACGAAAGUGCUGUGUGACCCCGUCACAAUGAGUUUCACUGAUCAACUUGGAGAUUAG